AUGUCGGCUCUGAAGGCAAGCAAUGAGUCCGAAUUGCGAUCUGAUCUCACAAUCAAUAAUAAAUUAAUAGUCAGUUUCGACUCAGAGAUGUCGGCUCUGAAGGCAAGCAAUGAGUCCGAAGUGAAGGCAUUGAAAGCACAGCUCAAGACAUCAGAUGAUUCAAUACAGACAAUGGAUACAGAGAUCAAGGAUUUGAGGCAACAAUUAAUGACAUCUAAGAAUAGUGCUUUAACUCAAGAGAUAAAGGAUUUGAAGGCAAAGAAUGAGACAGAAGUACAGGCAUUGAAAGUACAGCUCAAGAAAACAUUGGAUUUAAUGGAGACUCAGAUCAAUGGAUUGAAACAAAUUAAUCAAAAUACGGACAUAGAUUUGAAGAAACAAAGUUGUGAAAACAGUUUACUGAGAGUACAGUUAUCUUCAAUGAAAGCAUCGAAACAAAUCAUUGAAUCCGGUGUCAAACUAUUGGCUCAAGAGAUUGAUGCACAGAAUAUUAGCUCAUUGAGUGUUGAACAGGACCUGUCCUCCGGGUCUGCGAUCGGUUCCGGCAAUCAAUUGACCACUAAUUCAGACAAAACCAGAGAUGAGAUCAAUAUUCAGGAUAUGUUUCAGAAACUCGAGAAUCAAAACAAAAUGACAAACAAUUUAUUGAAAGAUUUGAUUAGUAAAAAAGAGAAGACAGGACUCGAAUUCAUCAAUGAAUUGUUUUCCAACAAUGAUUCCGAUUGA